AUGUUCGCAGCACAAUUACCCUCCUCUCCCUCAACCCCCUUCCGCCAAACAAGCCAGUUCUCCCCAGUCCGGCCAUCGCCGCUGGGCCCGCGCAGCUCCAACAUCGCCACUCCCCCAUGGACAAUGGGAUCCCCGACUCGCGCGGGUCAGGCCCAGAAACCCAGUUUCGACCGGAAUACGCAGAGCUCCCCAGUCCUCCCGACUUUCUCAAACCACAAUGAGAACCAGUCGCAAGAGCAGGUCUCACCCAAUCUGUUCGGCGCGUCUACGCCCUUCUUUCCCCAGCAAUCCUCCAUCAUGUCGCCCACUUCUCCAUCACCCUCGACACGUCCUAAAUACUCGGAGCGCUAUGCGUCGCAGAUUGCAAACCCUAUGAAGACGUCCAACUCGCUCGUGCGCUCGAAGACGCGCAAGAUAUUUAUGAACCGCGUCAAAAACGAGCGUGACAGCGGCCGCUUUGAGGCUCGGGGCGAGCAGAUGAUGAUGAUGGAGCACCUUGCUGAUAAGCGGCGGUGGGAGGAGUCAAUGGCGCGGGAUGCCGCUGGCAUUAUACAGAAGUUCGAGCCCGAGGAGGACGAUAUGCUUCCUGAUGAGGCUGAUGCACAUGCUCUGAAUGAGUUUAUAUCCGAGGAAGAGGCUAUGCAAAUGGCCAUGCAGGAGACUAUGGCCUCGAAUGGCCAACAGUAUCAAGAUCAGACGGCUCGGCCGAAUGCGUCUUUCAGCGAUGACGAAUACGACGAUAUCUUCAUGACCAUCUCGGACCCGGCACAGUCGAACCAGGAUAUGGAUAUGUCUUGA